AUGACGAGUGAAGAUUUGUUGAGUUAUUGUUUUAGUUACAGCCCAUUAAAUAUAAGACAACUUAUUCUAAGGAAGUCUUUACUAAACAAUUCUUCCCGAAAUUCAGAAGAUACGGUAAGGGUGUUACAAUGGAACAUUUUGUCGCAAGUUUUAGGUCUUCAAUUCGGUGAUAAUUUUAGUAGUUGUCCUACUGAAGCAUUGCUAUGGGAAUAUCGACGAUGUCAAAUACUCUAUGAGAUCCUGGAAUAUAAAUCCGAUGUUAUGUGCUUUCAAGAAGUUGAUCAUUUUGAUUUCUUUAAUAGAGCCUUGGCCACUCAGUCAUAUAGUGGUGUAUUUGUACAAAAGGCAUAUUCACCUUGUGUUAAAUUUGAUGGAAAUAAUGGACCAGAUGGGUGUGCAAUAUUUUACAAUAGUCUUAAGUAUGAGCUUUUAGCAAAACAUGAGUUGGUCUAUUCUCAUUCAGCAGAAGGUUCGUUUAGUCGUCAGGUGGCAUUGUUAAUUGUACUACAAAAUAAAAGUUCGUUGAACAAGUUAUGUGUAGCCACCACUCAUCUCAAAUCCAUGACAGGUAAAGAUAAUGAAUUCUUAAGAAACCAACAAGGUGAAGAGCUUUUGAAAUUUGUAACCCAACAUGCUAGUGGCUGUCCGACUGUUAUAAGCGGCGAUUUCAAUGCUGAACCUACUGAACCCGUAUAUACAACUAUGAUCAGUGACCCUCAAUUAAGCUUAAAAAGCGCAUACAAUAUAUCUAAUAAAGAAGUAGAGUUUACAACAUGGAAAAUUAGAGGAAGAUGCGAAAUAAAAAGAACUAUUGAUUACAUAUUUUACACCACAAAUUACCUAACUGUUAGUAGCACAGUUGACAUGCCAAGUGAAGAAUUAAUUGGAAAAAAUAGGAUUCCCUCCAUAAAUUAUCCUUCCGAUCACUUCUCUUUGAUUACUGAUUUCUUCAUUAACAAAACUUUAUAA